AUGUCGGAUGCACAGUACGAAACCCCCAUUGCAGACAGUGAUGCAGAGUUUCGCAUGGGCUACGCCGCUCUCCGUCUAAUCCGGCCGGAUGGUGCAUGGCGUUUCACUGCUGGCGGUGGUCCGCCACGAAAUGACUGGAAGGAUCCAGUUGAGUUGUCUCAGGUGACUUGUCACCGCUCUUCCCCCCGACACCAGCAGUUCUGCUUUUCUUCCCCCAAUCCACACACGUUGCACAGCACAAAUCCAUCUCAACCUCGCUUUUCCAAGCAGCCGCCUUUCGCAGCACACUUUCCAAUCUUGUCUCGAUUGCCUCUUUGUCUCACCGACCAAUUUUACGAGAUCCUCCUCGAUUCAGAUCGUCCAUCUGACGCCCACAUUACUGCACAAUCCAGUCGCCACUUCGUCGCCAGUCAACUUGCCUGCGACGACCUCACAUCGAAUCCAUCGAAUCCAUCGAACCCUCUCAGGACAGGGCGGAGUGGUAUUCCUGAGGUCCCUACCUCAGGACUACCUUCUCCUCCAACAAGCCCCCCCCUCGCCGCGCUGACUUCGUCUAACGAGCUCGCGCUUCUUCCGAAGAACAAGAAGCGCGACAAUUCGGGCCACCGUCGCCCGGAGCGACGAGGGGGGGCAGCACUCACGAUCAGGGAAGAAUGUGAGAGAUUCUUUUGUGAGACCAUGAAGGCAGCAUUCCACGGUGAGAGGAACCUGUCGAUGAAUGGCUCCGGCCUGUCAGGUGCUUAUUUACAAACACCGCCACCAGAGAGCCGGUUAUCCGACGUCUUCCGGCAGAGCAUGGACAUCAAGUCUCGGGGAUUUGAAGUCGAUGCUUGGAUGGAAGUUUGGGAUUACGCUGGUGGUGCGAGCUUUCGAGCCUUCGUGGCAAAUAACGGACAGGAGAAAUCCUUGUUUGUCUUUUUCGACGUUGAAGGCGUUAUGGGACGAGAUCUCAAGAAAGCUCUUAUGGCUCUUAUCGAACUCGCUGAUGGCCCUUUGGAAUGCGCACAUAUUGUGACUUGCAUUGAUCGCCGUAUACCCAUUGAGGAAGCACACGAACUGACCAAGAGCCUUCAGUGGGUUGGAUUCGAAAUGACUACUCUAGACCACUGGGCAAAUCGCCUCGAUUUUACGAGCAAACGGUGGGUGUUUAUGGGCAUGGAACUCUAG